GCCUGAGCCAGCGUCUGUGCCUCGCCGUAGCAUGGAGCGCUAGCGAGGCGCCCCGGCCGAAUAUUGAUCCCCAACCUCGAGGCACCAGCCCGACCAUCCAUAAUAUCGCCUCUCCCCCAAAUCUGCUCCAUCGAUCGUCCGACACCUGGACUCUCCAUUCCAUCAUUUGCAUGAAGCGCGCUUCCAUCUCUCGCACCAUCUGCUAGAACCCAGCGAAUCCUCUCCAUCGCCUCGAGCCGAGUACGACCGCGGCUCACCCGCCAUCAUGUCGGACAACAACGUUGACCUCGACUCCCUACUCGACCUGUCCGCGUACGAUGGCAUGCCCAGCUUUGGCUCGCCCUCGCUGUCGCCAUCCAUGUCGCCGUCCUCGUCGUCCAAGCCCAUCUUCGCCAGCCCAGUCACUGCCGCCGUCACGACGCCCAGCGUGAUGCCGACCCAGAGCCUGAGCGGGCCGAGCCACAACUACGACAUGUACCGCCAGCAGACGGGCUUCGUGCCGGGCGCUAUUGCCAACACAAUGGCCGUCAACGAGUCGGGCAACCUUGGAUACCAGGAUUUCGGGAGCCUCGACUUCCUCACCAACGAGGCUGAAAUGUUCGACUUCAACGUGUCGCCCUCGCAGAGCACCAUGGGACCGGCCGAGACGCUGGACUUUGCAUCACCACCCAACACCCAACUCUUCUCGACCAUCAACCCCAGCAACAUUGAGCAGGCUUCAUCCAACGGCUCUCCUUCCUCCACAAGCCAAUCGAGCACCGUCGGCCGUCUGUGGCCUGGCGCUCACUCUCAGGCCGCCAUGGCCAAGGCCCAUGCCCAGCAGAGGCAGCAGCAGCACAUUAUGCAGCAGCAGCAGGUGCAGCGCCAACCUGGUCAGCCUGCCCAGCAAAGACCUCGCGCCAAGCUGCCGCCAAAGACCGACCCCAUCGUCGAGCAGAAGAUCAGCCAGCUUCUUCAGAAGAUGCGGGCCCAGCCUGCGUCUCCGCCAUCUGACAGCUCCACGCCCUCGGCCCACCUGGCCAAAGCCAAGAAGGACGAGGAGGAAAUGGACGAGGACGAGCGCCUCUUGGCCAGUGAGGAGGGCAAGAAGCUCAGCAGCAAAGAGCGCAGACAGCUGCGCAACAAGGUUGUAGAAUACAUUACACAGCUUGAAGCUGAAGUCUCCAGCAAGGUCACAGAAAACAAUGACUUGCGUGCGCAGAACCGCGCCCUCCUCGAAGAGAACGAGCGCCUGUCUGGGCUGACUCGCAUGCUCCUCGCCUCUCCCUCAUUCUCCAGCUUCCUGGACAAGCUCAGCUCUGAAUCGUCCGUUGCUGCCCAGCCGCAGGUCAAGCCAGAGCCCCAGCAGUCUCCGGAGCAGCGAGCUGUCAAGGACGUGAACCCGUUCGGCGCUCAGGCCUCUCAGCAGCAGAUUGGCAUGGCCAUGCUCCCUGAGCAGAACCUGGACUUCUCCAUGUUUAAUGCCGUCGACCCGUUCUACCAGCCCCAGGUGUUCGUCGUCGAGACUGCGGAGGUGCCCUCGUCCAUCGAGUCCUCCAUCCUGUCGGGCAAGACGUGCAGCUUUGUCGAGCAGGCUUUCCAGUCUGAUGACGACAAGGUCGAGGUUCCCGCCAUCGAGCGACCUGUCGAGAAGGCUCCUGUCGCCAAGACGGAGUCUGCACCCAUCGACGAGGAGUUUGAGGCCGAUCCCGAGUUCGCCCUCUUCCACUCCGAGCCUGCCUCAUCUUGCUCAGAGUCCAACACCCUGGACACCGAAAGCCUGUCACACGUCGAUAUCUUUGGUGGUAUCGAGCCCGAGAAGAUGCUGUCAAGAAUCGAGCUCGUCGAUGCCACUGAGGAGGAAUACACUGCCGCAUUCGCCAUGGCCCGAGUACAAAGCAUCAGCGCCAGCAUAGGGUCGGUAGUAUCAAGACUAGAGCUCUUGACUAUGGACCUGUAAUUUGGAUCUUAUCUCGUGGCCCUCCUUUGCAAUGGCAGGGCCGACAUGUACAGGGCAAAGGAUCAGGUAGCGGCAAUGGCGCGGGGUUUUCUUUUCUUCUUUGAAUUUCUUUCUAUGGGAUUUACAUUUGGGACACUUUGGGAUUGCAACAACUAUUAUGGGACUGGCUUGAACCUGCCACUCGAUCUAUUUUCUCUGUAUGAUUCGAUUAGAGUGGGAGUGAACAUAAAA